AACUUCUAAGAAAAUAUGAAAAAAAUCCAAUCGAUUAUGUUAAGAAAUCAAGUGCUACACGUGUGCUACACUUGUAUGCUUAAAAUUGGGCAUCGGUCGAUUGGGGCGACCCACGAAAACCACUUAAAAUAUUUUGUGAAACUUGGGACCGUGUAAAUAAUGUGUUAUUUUAUACAAUCGGUAACUUAGUUGCAACAGAAUCGUGAACGUGACUUGUUCUAUAACCCAUAGUGAACAUUAAUCUAAAUUAAACAAUGACUCGUAAUGCUGGUCCCUCUUCACUCCAGUUGGAAAAAUUGAUUGGGUUUAUGGAGGUGAGAACAGACCUUGCCACUGGACAUGCCCGUACAGCCAAUGCAAGAACUCGCAUGCGAAGUGGCUGGAUGGAAAUCGCCACAGUUUUAAACAGUGUUGGUGAUGGGUGUAUAAAGGACUGGAAGCAGUGGGCUAAGGAACAUGAAUGUCCAGUUCUACGGCCUCUAUGCUCUGAGACUGGUGACUCGGAAAGCAUAUUGCGACAUCUGAAUAAUGAUGUUCCUGAGCAAUCAAGCAACACUGACAAUGUGACAAUUCUGGAUGCUCAAAAUAUGCAAUGGGAAGGAACUGCAGCUGCUAUUGCUGGAGACACAGUAGCUGAAAACCUGACACCAUCCAUAGAUACUCCACAUAAUAUUAUCAUAGAAGACGUUUACACAUUACAAGAAGUUGAAAUAGCAUCCCCCCCUGACGCUGUUAGAAAUGUUGCAGUGACAGAGGGAAUACCAACAACUGGAGUAAGCGAUGGUGUCAGAGCGCGAAGGCGCAUUUGCUUUGAUUCCCCGAGUCGGCGUAGAGGCUCAUCCACACCGGCGGCGGCGCAGGGACCCAGCACCGCCGCGCAGCAUCGCCGCCGCACCGCACUCGCAUCACCGCGGGCUGGGGCCCAUCCGGUACGCCGACGUCCGCUGCAACGGUCUCCCCCGUCGCAGCGACGAUCUGAGAUGGCCAGCCUUACCGAAAGGUUUAUUGCCAUUGAAGAGCGGCGAACCGAGGCGGAGCUCGCUUGGGCUCGGGCAAUGGAGGCCAAUGCACAGGGUCCAAAAAUACUGGCAGAAGCAUUAGACCGCUUCACUAAUGCUGUCAGUCAAUGUGUGGAAAGAGUUCUAUGUAACAGACCUCAGAAUACCUCUACAUAAUAAUUAUUAGCUCUGUUAUGUAGAACUUUAU